GCAGAUGGUCAGCUGAAGUGCUUCGGGGGCAACUAUGGACGCCAAUGCCAGGUUCCGGCUGACCUGGGGCCCGUGCUGGCGGUGGCAGCGGGACACUUCCACACCUGUGCACUUAAGGCAGAUGGACAGGUCGUCUGUUGGGGCAGCAACAUCUACGGUCAGUGCAAGGUUCCCCGAGGCCUCGCAGCCGCGACCGCUGUGGCAGCCGGUGUGAAUCACUCCUGUGUGAUCCUGUCAGACGGCACCCUUGUGUGCUUUGGGAACAACCGUGCUGGUCAGUGUGAUGUUCCACCAGAUCUCGGCCCUGUUGCUGCGGUGGCUGCCGGCCUUUAUCACACCUGCGCCUUGAAGGCAGACGGCCAGGUCGUGUGCUUCGGAGGCUUCGGGGAUCGCUGCUGCGAUGUUCCACCCGAGCUGGGCCCAGUCGUUGCCAUUGCUGCGGGCGAGCUCCACACCUGCGCCUUGCAGGCCGACGGACAGCUCGUCUGCUUCGGCUGCAACCUCCACGGCCAGUGCGACGUUCCGAACAAACUGGGCCCGGUCCGUGCGGUGGCCGCCGGCGGAGCGCAGACGUGUGCAGUGAAGACCAACGGCGAAGUGGUCUGCUUCGGCUACAAUCGCUACGGCCAGUGCAGCGUACCGCCAGAUUUGGACACUGCUGUGUCCGUGGCCGUGGGCGAGGGCCAUGUUUGCGUCCUUCAGCAAGACGGUCGGGUGAGCUGUUUCGGGUGCAACCUCGAGGGCCAGUGCGAGGUCGUGCAUCCCGCUGCAAAGUACCACUUCGACCCGAGCUCGCUUCUCCGCGCGCCCUGGGAGCUCUUUGGAGCCAUGAGUACAUUGGGCUGCCUUGCUUGUCUCGGCUGA